AUGAAAAUGAACAGUUUCUUGUCUCGAAGCUGUGAUAACUUUGGGACUGUCCUGAAAACGGACGGGAACCUUGGUCUGUGGCGUUACCCUACCAGAGGUCAGUAUUACGUGAACAUCAACGUGUUGUCCUUGAGAGGAGCUGUCAGCCUGGAUGAUGAGAGCUGGAGAGAUUUGAUUGCGAACCCUAAAGAAAGCAGUGACAGUGUGUACGAACCCGUCACUCAUAUGAGCAGUCCACACUCCUAUGUAAGGGAGUAUGUCCCUGGUCUGCAACCGGAAAUCUGGACUUACUCCUGCGAAGGCGUACAUGGUCGGAGGGUAGAACAAAUCCCCAGCAAUGUUCACGAUCAAGGUGCCCAGAGACGAGGAGCCUCUAAGCUUCUCCGUUCUUUGAAAAGAUUCAAACACAAACUGAUGACAUCAAAGUCGAAAAAAGGUGUCGAACCUUAUACAAAUGAUGAGUGCAGUGGCUCCUACCAUGAAAUUCAAAUCUGUACAUCUAGCACCACACGUCACAAAGACGACAAAAUUCCCGAAAUGGUCGAUACCUGGGAGCAACGGAAUGCCGGCACCAAACAGAGUUCCCAAAACCAUCUCAGGAAAAGUGUAGAAACAGCAUUUGUUCACCAGUCGAACAAGGUAAAUUGGCUAUCGUCAAGACCAGAGAUGUUGUCCUCCCCAGAGCCACGUUUUCCGUCAGAAUGUCACACCUAUCCAGACAUCAUCAAAUCGCACAGUGAUCCAAGCAACCGCCGAGAUGGACCAAGGAAUGACAGCCAUAGUAUGCUGUGUGAUAGUCACGCUGUCAGACAAUCUGACAAUCAAAACACCAGACGAGGUCGGAAAUGUAACCUAAAGCGACAGACAGUUAUACGCAUACCGUCCAAUGACAAACUCUUGCACGCCAAACCGGGCCUCCAAGAAAUGCAGUCGUUCAGGCAAGAAGUUCAUCAACAUACGUCCUCGUCGAACAAAGCAGUCCGUUGUGAGAUCUACGUCUCCAAACAGGCGAGCAUUGUCUCCAUCGACAAGAACAGUAUCGCCAUCGAGAAGAAUGUCACCUCCUCGAGUCAUGUCUCCAACAAUAACACCACUGUCUCCAACAAGAAGAACAAUGUCUCCAAGCAGAGGAAGUAUGUUUCAAAUAAGAAACAAGUCUCCAUCGAGAAUAACAAUGUCUCAAACGAGAAGAACAAUUUCUCCAACCAGAACAAUGUCUUCAACGAGAAGCACAAUGUCUCCAACAAGAACAAGGUCUCCAACGAGAAGUGCCAUGUCUCCAAUGAAAAGCACAAUGUCUCCAACAAGAAGAACAAUGUCACCAACAAGAGCAGUGCCUGUUGA